UUUUAACUAAAACCCUAAAAAACAUUAAAACCCUAAAACAACACAACUGGGUCCCUGCCGCUUUGCCCUAGUAUCAGAAAAGGUUAGAGUCGACUGAACUCAAGGCGCCGGGAAACUCUGCCGGAGUUAGUCAUCGCAGAAAGGAAGGCCGCCAUAAGCUCUGAGGAACUCCAGGGAAAUUUCAAUCAUGACUUUACUGGAACUCAUAAAAAAUGCUUCUGCCAAUUCUAAAUCACUUGAAUUACCUUCUGACUAUCCAGUUGUUCUCAAUCCAGAUCCUAUUUUCCCUAAUUUGAAGUCUGAACUUCAAGAUGAAUCUUCGUCAUUCCCUGUUAAACCCCUUAUUGGAUGGGAAAUUUCACUAAUUGAUACUCAAAUAAUUGAGAUUAACAAAAAGUUUCUCACAAAGCUUAAAACAAAGGGCAAGAGUACUGAUCAUUUGGAAAGGGGUGAGUUUAUUGGUAGUUUGAUUUCCUAUCUUGAAAACAUUAGGGACAAAGUUGGGUUUCCCAUUGAGAUUGAUUCAUUAGGUGGUAUUGGUUAUUGUAAGGUUUUGAUUUUCAAACUUGGAUCUUUUAUGGGUAAAGAUGUUGCUGGCUUGGUUUUGGAUGGGUGUGUUUCUUUGUGGUUAUGGGAAAUAGUUGAGGCUUUGAUUGUUAGUGGUGUUAUUGUGAAUUCUUGUUACCCAAGCCUCAUUACAAGGUUAGUGGAAAAUAAGAGAUCUGAUUUGAUCUGUUUGUGUUGUAUACAUGCUUCUGAUCUUGGUUCAUCAGAAAUAUUCACCAUUUUGAGGUAUUUUCUUUCUCCGGCAAAUGAGGCUUAUAACACUAUGGUAUCUGUAAAGAAGGAGUGGGAAAACCAAGCAGUGUUGGCCAUGGAGAGAGCAAGUGAUAGCAACCUCAAGCUGAAGAAUUCUGUUGUUGCAAAGGAGGCUUCUAUUUUGUUUAUGAUAGCGUAUGAUGGUUUCUCUACACCUGAACUUUGUUUGCAUUAUUUGAUUGCAUCAUCAAACCUCAACAAUGCGAUGUUAUCCCCUGCAUUAAAUAAGUUAAAUGGCAAAGAGUUGUUGAAUUUGAUUCGCUAUUUAGCAAAGUGGUUGAAGAAAUAUGAGAGAUUUCCUCAAGCUGGUCCAUGUCCGCAAGCCUCAUCGGCUUUGGGUUUGAAAGCUUGUGAUUGGAUUCCUAAACUUGAAGAUGUUGUAAACUGUCUUGGUUUGGUGCUUGAUGAGAAUUUUUCUUCAUUGGUGUUACAUCCACAGUUUCAUGAAGAGUUGCGAUCGGUUGAAGGACUGGUUAAAUGUUUAACAGGCGAAUCCAAACUUUGUUGCAUGAUGACCAGUGUAGUUGACAAACUAAAGAUUGAAGUAACAGGAGGAAGGGACAAAUUGAUCUGAAGAUUCACUCAGUGUAAUACUAAUUAUUCUACAUCUGAAGACUGCAAAUUAGAGAAAGAGAAAAUAUCUUCCUUGAGCAGGUAUACUUGCCAUUUAGGUACAUUUGUGAUGGGAGAGUUCAAUCAUGUGUGCUAAGAAAAACAAAUCGUGAUGAUCUGGUAGCUGUUAGAACCCAAGCAGACCAGGCUGACAGGCUGAACUGCAUAUGUAACUGUUCUUGUUGAAAUUUUGUUCACUAUGGAAAAACUGUAUUCAACACCUGUUUUUGUUAGUUUCUUUUUUGGUAGCUUAAUUUUUGGUUUAUUUUUACUUGUGAUUGUGUUUGUGAUGCCUCUGGAGCAUAUAAGGCGUGGAUUAAUGAUAUAACAAUUUUGGUUAUUUUUCAAACACUUUAUGCAUGAUAUGUAAGAACAGGAACAAGCAGUUUCUUGCAACUGAAACGAGGACUUGGCUUUUAACAAUAGGAUGUUUAGUAAAGUUAACUGUUUUUAUCAA